GAAAAAGUUCAUGCUAGGAGUAGACAGCAGCAGACGACGACACCUAACCACAUCAAUGAGAUAUCAUAUUACAUAAUAAUAAAAGGAACGAACGUAAUUCAUUAGAAUUACUACUUUCAGUUAAGAUGGUUCGUGUACUAACUGCUCACCAUUUUGCUAGUCAAGAUAUACAAACUUGUGAAGAUCCAGUUGCCGUAACAGCAGUUCCUCCUGACAAACUUCUUAUAGCAUCUGCUAACCAUGUUGUGGAGGUUCGUGACUUGUCAAAGGGUGGGGAAGCUGUCUCGUCCUUCCCCACGGUUGACCUUGUACAACACAUGUCUUACUGCUCCACAGGAAACUACGUGGCGACGCUGGAGGGGGCGCCCAGCGGCCCUCAGGGCGGACAGGGCUGCGUGGCCCGCGUGUAUUCACGGUGGGACCUGCAAGCCAUGGCUUCCUCCGCCCCCGCGGCGCAGAGCCAGCCCAUGCGCGCGCGCAUCGCGGGCUGUGUGACGCCCAGCCCCAGCCAGGACGACGCGCGCGGCUCCCUGGACAUGAUAGAGCUCCCCGUCAGAGGCCGAGGCGGCGCAACGGCACUGGCGUGCUGCCAGGCGACCGGCAACGUUAUGGUGGCAUGCCAUCGUAUCCUGGUCCUCUUCCGCUACAUUGUUCGCACGCACGAAUCCUCUAGGACGCGGUACAUUGACUUCGAGGACACGGAGGUCCGCGUGUCGCUCAGCUUCACCCCCAUCCAGACGUUCCUGUGCGAGGAGCUGGCGGUCUGCAUGGGACGGCACUCUCUGCUCGUGUUCCGACUGCGGCACUCGCAGGACUCCGGGGCUGUCGCCGGGGCAGGCGCUGAUGACAAGAGCGGGCGGGUCGAGGACUCCGGAGCAGGCAGCCAUCGACGCUGUCACGCCAACCACCAGGCGCUCAACCUGAAGCAAAUCCUCCAAGUCGAGCAGGAGGUGAACUCUGGGCGUCGGUCCUGGGGCUCGGGCGGCGCCUCCCUGGGCGUGUCGCUGCCCGUCACUGUGCAGCUGCCGGCCAUCGCGGCGGAGCGGGCGAGCCGAGGCCACUGUAGUCCCGGCAGCGGGGUGGUGCACCACAGCAACCCCUUCGUGUCGGACCCCUCGGACGUGGCGGCCAACGUCUUUGGCGGCGCCUCGGACUUCAACGUCGAGGCACUGCUCCGACUGCAGCUGGCCGGGGACCCGCAGGGCGGCCAUGGCGAGGAGUUCGGUUGCCUGACCCUGCAGCCGCUGUACCGGCGGUCCUCCGCCCCCGGCCCCAUUGGCGGGGGCGGCAGCGCGGGUCGCAGGGCUGGCCGCCAACACAAGUCGCCGCCCGCCCCCGGCGCGUGGCUCAACUCGCAGGACCGCGCGCAGCUGUGCGGCGUGGCGUGCCUCGUGGCCACCCAGCAGGAGGGCUACCUGUACCAUUUCCCCAUGGACGGCUCGACCCCGCCCGCGCACCCGUGCGUCGCCGUGUACCCCUUCACGGCGCCCGUGUCGCGCGUCGUCCUGGAGCCGCUGGCGCUGCACGCCCUCACGGACACGGGCCUCGAGACGUACACGCUGCGCUCGGCGCACCGCGCGCUCGCCUCGCUGCAGGGCGUGUGCCCGCCCGCCGACGACCCGAUCUGCCUCAUAGGUCUGCGGCCCUUCCUGGGCGCGCGGCACCUGCUCGCCUCGGGGCCGUACCUCGUCCUCCUGGCCACCUCGGAGGGCGGGUCGCCGCCUCCACCCGUGCCCGCCCGGUCGGCGUCCACCCCCAGCCCAUGGACCCUGUACUCGCUCCGCCUCCCGACGCCCGAGGUGCUCUUCUCGGACAUGGUGGCAGUCGGCGAGAGCCACCGCGUGGCCUCGCCGUCUACGUACUGCCACCUGCUGGGCGAGGCGCACUGCGUCCUGGCGUCAGCACGGCUGCUCAGUGACCAGCCCGGCGCCGCCGCGCCCGCUCCCGUCAGAACCCCCGAGGAGAACGAGGAGGCACUGCUGGCGCUGUACCGCGAGUCCUGCGCCCACCUGGGCGACUUCCACAUGCUCUCGGACGAGGCGGCGGAGCGCGACCUCGCGGCGCGCUACUACCGCAUGGCCCGGCUGCCGCCGCAGCGCGUGCUGCACAGGAUGCGGCGGCACGCGCACCGCCUGGGGCAGCCCGCCGCGCUGCCGGGCAUGGAGGGCCUGCCGGAGGACGAGCGGGGCGAGGACGACGGCGCCGCGCUGCGCAUCGGCCUGCGCUCGCAGCUGCACCGCGGCCAGGUCCACUACCUGGAGGCCGAGGUGCUGCAGCCGCGGCAACCUGAGGAGGCGCUGGACGACCAGGGCGCCCGCCUGCUGACGGGCCAGCUGCUGGAGCUGCUGGAGAAGGACGAGGAGGUCGCGGAGGGCCCCGCCGAGGCGCUGGAGAAGCUGGCCUCGCUCGUGCUGCGCGCCCGGAUGCUGCGGGAGUACUCCGCUUCCCGGACGCUGACCCUGCUUCGCGCGCGCGCCCCCGCCAUUGGGGAGGCGAGUGCCUGCGUAGUGCUGGCCGUACUGGUACUCGAGGUCCAGGUCGGGGCCGUGUCGGCGGCCGGGCCGGGGGUGUCUGAGGUGCUCGCCGCCCUCCAGGCACUCGCGGCCGACGCCCUGCUCCCGGAGAUGCUCCAGCACUGGGAGUUGCUGUUGGACGGGCCCGGGCUGUCCGAGCUGGCCACCGUGCUCAUGGAGCGCCGACCGCACGACGUGGCCGCUCUCUUCGCCAAGCUGGUAGCGGCCGAGACCAUAUCUCUGGCUAGAAUCCUAAAGAUGAUGCUGGACCACCUCUCGACACAGAUUGGUUCGAGCGGCUCGAACGGCUCUGUGGUGAGCGUCGUUUUCCAGCGCUUCCUGGAGACAUUCUUUGCCGCCUUCUUCGCCACCCACCCCGUCGAUGUGCACAUGGAUCUGGCCACCGAGGAGGCGCUGAAGAUCCUGGUGCGCUCUUACUUGAGCGACCUGCAGGCGCCGUGCGCACCCCAGCCGGGCAGCGUGCAGCCGGAGCCCUUGCCCCUCGUGCUGCUGGACGCGGACCGACUGCCCUUUCUUGACGCCAUGCCACCCUUCGCUGCCGACCUCGCCGAGCGUCUGGCCUCGCCGGUCAAGCAGGCGCCGCCGCAGCCUCAGCCCGGCAGCGACCACAAGAAGCUCAGCCUCAGGAAGCUGCAGGCGGUGCUGUGCAGCGGCCGCCUGCCACGCGCCUGCGUCACGGAGGUGCUGCGCUUCGUGCGCGGCCAGCCCAAGCUGUACGGCAACCUGUCGCUUCAGGCACUGUGCCUGCCUGGCCGCGAAGCCACCGGUAUCCUUCUAGACUUCUGCCCGCAGGCCGUGCUGCGCUACGCCCAGGAUCUCUACCGCACCGAGGAGGAUUGGAGACUUCUGCUGGUAGGGUUAGACGCGAAGCUGAGGACAACAUCCGGUCAGAGCCAGCCCCUCAGCACGCUGUAUCGGCAGACCCUCACUGCCGUGUUGGACCACCUGGCACACUCGGUGAACGUGGAGACGCUGUGUCGCUUGCUACAACUCGACGCACAGCUCGACGCGACCCUGGACGGGCACUUGCCGCAUCUGCACACCUGUCAGCGUGUGGCGGGUGCUAACGCGGUGCGCGACUACAUCGCGUCCACCAGCACCGCCUUUCUGUCACAGCUCGACCACUAGUGCUUAUUCGGUACUUUUUAGGAUCUGUGAGAAGUGUGCGUCGUUUGUGUUCGUCAGUGUUGAGGGCUACGCGGAGCAACUGUUUUACUUUUUAAUUGUAAAGUUUGUCACGCUGUUGCUGUCCCCUAGCUUUCGAAAGAACUGGUCUUACUGACAAAGCUUUUGGCUGUGUUUAUUCUGGAGGUAAAAGAGAUCUGGUACCCUGUUUUAUACGAUCUCAGCCUUGGUUUUAAUUUGUAUGGUUUUCUAAGCUGAGCGCGGCCAGCUUUCGAGGGGAUAGAUGAAGUCAGAACUCAGACCAAAUCGUAUUCUGACUUCCUCCAUUUGUUAAUUGCUGGAUAUACAGUAGUUUUUUCAAGUUAUUUUUAAGUUUGAAUCGUAAGUCACAAGCAAGGCACACAAGUGACCUUGUGUUUCAUCCUUAGUUUUCAAGCUCAAAAAUAUUUUUGGAUGCACUGCUUUCGGGAGCAAUAUUUCUCAUCAUGCUAUCAAGUGAUUAAGAUAAGUUCAACUCACUUCUGCUUUUCACUGCCAGAAGUACUUCGUCUGUGAUUUAUGCUAAUUUCAGUGGUAUGAAACCUUACUCUGCGGUAUUCUGCCAAUUUUAAAAAGUUGGGUUUAGAGUGAUUUUGUUGAUUUUUUUUCUCGUGGUAAAAGUAGAUUAUUGUUGUGCAAGUAAAAACGCGCUUAUUGCAUUGUCAGUUUUAAAAUUUCUAUCACUUUUUACUGUUUUCUACUUAUUCGUCGCCGUCCAAAAAAUGUUGCUUGUAAACUCGUAAUCCUUUCGCUAAAUUGCGGUACUGUUCGUGUCAUGUCUUUUGUAUUGUGCUAUUUGUUGCCGUCUAUGGUGUUAAAUUCCGAUGUAACUCACUAUGAAUGGUAUUGAACCUUUUUGGCAAUAAAUACUGCACGUUAUUGCGAGUCUUAA